AUGCUCUACAAGUUUGAUACUCAGGUUACAUGCACUCAAAGAUCUCCUCAAGUGGCCCUUGAGAAGGCAACCGAAAGCACUGUUGGGCCCCAGGUCCUAUGCGCCGAUAUGCCGGAUAGAAAAGUCGCUGAUGGUGGGGCUCCGGUCAACUUCACAGCCAUCGCUGAAGAAAGGUCUCAACGCCUUUGGAUUCACAUGACUAAGGAUGCCGCAGUGGUGCAUGCAUGA